CAACAAAAUGGCAUUUAGUGAGGAAAUAAAGUGACUGAGGGAAGAAUAGACCCAAUAAAAACAAUUGUGUAUGAUCAGGAGAGAUAUUUAAGAAGCAUAUUACACAAUGAUUUUCUUUCUCCAAAGUCAGGGGCAGUUUUAGGGGCCAAAAAGCGUUUCCUGGCAUCAUCUGGGGGCGAAUAAAUCCAAUCUGACAGCAGCUUUGCAUCCUGCAACUGGAUUGGUAAUAUACAUAGAGAGACAGUGCUGAGCUUUAACGGGGAGGAAGGGAGAGAGGGAGGGUGUGUACGGAGAGGGAGAGAGAGAGAGAGAGAGAGAGAGCGAGCAUCAAGUCACCACGAUAGGCUCCACCAUCCACAGACUGUAAGGUACAAGUGCCACAAGGAGACUAUAUUCUGCUAAAAUAAUGGAUGGGACAAAGCCGGCCAUGGAGUCCAACGCGGAGGAGACUCAGGACGAGGGACAGGAGAGCAAAGGAUGCUUCGAGUGCUGCAUCAAAUGUCUGGGCGGGGUGCCAUACGCCUCCCUGGUGGCCACCAUCCUCUGCUUCUCAGGCGUGGCUCUGUUCUGCGGCUGCGGCCAUGUAGCGCUGACCGGCACCCUGACCAUGCUGGAGAACCAUUUCUCCAGGGUCGCCAGUGACCAUGCCACCCUCACCAUGGUGAUCCAGAUCUUUCAGUAUAUCAUCUACGGCAUCGCCUCCUUCUUCUUUGUCUAUGCCAUCAUCCUGCUGGCCGAGGGCUUUUACACCACCAGCGCCAUCAAGAAGGAGCUGCAGAGCGACUUCAAGACCACCGUCUGUGGACGCUGCAUUACUGCCUUCUUCAUGUUCCUGACCUACAUCCUCUUUUUGGCUUUUCUCGCCAUCUUUGGCUUCACGGCGAUACCCGUUUUCCUCUUCUUCAACAUGUGGAAUACUUGUGCUGCCAUGAGGUCUCCUGACGCCAACAUCACCUCUCCUGACUCCAUCUGUGUGGACGUCAGGCAGUACGGUAUUAUUCCCUGGAACGCCACACCAGGAAAGGCUUGUGGAGCCACACUGGGAGACAUCUGUAACACCAGCGAGUUCUACCUGUCCUAUCACCUCUACAUCGUCGCGUUAGCCGGUGCCGGCGCCACCGUCAUCGCGUUGAUCCACUACCUGAUGAUUUUGUCGGCCAACUGGGCCUACCUGAAGAGUGCCGUGUCCACGCACGAGUACCAGGACAUCAAGACCAAGGACGACCAGGAUCUGGAAGCCGAGGCGCGCUCCAAGGAGGGCCAGAACUCCUCCUCCUACUCAUAAGGACAGGCGAUCCUCUCCCAAAACCACCCAUCUCCUCUCCACACCUCAACCACCACCCUGCAACACCCAGCGCCCACCCCUCCCUCCGUUAAAAACAAACCACAUCGGUCAUGUUUGAUAGUCCCCCAGUCUUCUGAUUCUCCAUCCUCUUCCCUUUCACGUUGUUUAGUAAGAGCUGUGGGCUCACACUAGAGGGGAAGAGAAUAGAGGAUCAGGAGAUACUCGGCAGGCCCAGACGGAGGCAGAUGCUUCAGAACGGGAGAGCUCGCCCGCCGGGGUCCUGCUCAGGUACAACACAUCAGUUCAGAAGCGUCUCCUCCCCCGUGCUUUUGGGUGGCGGCUCGUGAACGUGGCCCGGCUGUGAUGGCCUCGCGCCCUGAGCCAGUACAGCCUCUAAACACACAACUCCUAACAGCCUAAAAAAAAACAUUGUUCACUGUCUGCUUCAGUCACAGGGAAGCCAGGCAGCGACCAACUUCCUCUGUUUUUUGGUGUUUUAUAUGCAUAUAUAUAUGAAUAUGAAUAUAUUGUGCGAAUGUGUACGAAUGUUGUUGUUUUUUUUAAAUACGCUCUGAAAAGUAUGCCAGGUACUAUUUUGAUCUUUCUUCUUCUUUAUGUUUUUGCGCUCAUAGGUUUUUUUUCUCCUUUACUUUCUUCUCCAUCUUAAAACAUUUUAUUGCUAAUGCUCAAUACAUUGUUGCACUAAUACAAAACAAAAAAAUAGGGGAGAAUGAAAAUCCCCUGGAAACACAAAGCACCCCAGCCCCCUCCUCUGCUAGAGAAAUACAUAAAAGACUCAAAUCAUGUGGUAUCUCAAGGAUUAUUGUGCAUUUACAUGAUUAAAGUUUAUUUAUCUAUCAAGGUUUGAUUUAAGACCAGAGGUGUAGCAAACCUUUAUUAAAGGAACAGCUGAGGGAAAUUCACUUUCUUGUCAAGGAUUAAAUGAGAAGAUUGACAUCAAGCUCACGUCUGCUUGUUAAAUAUGAAACUUUGGCCAACAGUCAGCUAGCUUUGAUUAACAUAAAGAGAGGAAAUGGGUAAAUUGCUAGCCUGGUUCUGAAUGAAAGUAAAAAAAAAUCCACAUACCAGCAGCUCUAAAGCUUACUAAUUAUCACAUCAUAUCUUGUUUGCUUAAUCUGUACAGAAACUGAAGAGUGAAAACAAGAAAAGUUUUAGGUUUUAGGUUUUAUGAGUUUUAUUCACAGGCCACACUGUCCCUUGGCUAAUGCGAUGACUUCCUUAGGACUCUGCUAACUGGUAGCCAACUGCUAAUCUUAACAUAAAAACCACAACACUUUAUGACUUUUUCCACAUUGUGUUUUGUGCACGUUAAUUAAUGAGCUUGGUUGGCUGAUUUCCUUUAUAACAAAGCCUGGCAAGCUGUUUGCCCCCCCCCAUUUCCGAUGUUUAAGCUAACCAGCUGCUGGCGUUAGCACAGCAUUGACCGCGCAAGCCUGAAAGCGGCCUCAUUGAAUUCUCAUAAAGAAAGUGAAAACUUCAGACUGUUUGUUUUAGGACUUUUAUGGUUUUUGCUACACUCAUCACCAGCGGCAGCAGAAAUCAAAGAUAAAUCUGUCUUUUAACAUAGAAAAGACACACACACACACACACACACACCUCAGGUAUCAUACCAAAUCUGAUUAUAGCCAGUUAUGUAAUUUUUCAAAGCUUCACUAUCUAAAGACUACUCCUUAACAGACUGGUACUCUGUCCUGUGUGAAUCAUACAGUGAAAAAAUAACACAGCUGUCAUUUUCUAAAAUUCCUCCUUUUGCAAAUGAGGUUCACCUGUAAAUAGCUAAAUCACCCUAAAAGAUCUCGAUUUCCACCUCUCCCAAACGUGGGAGGACGCAGUCAGCGUUUUGCCAUGCUCUUCUAUUAUUUUUUCCACAAAUAUAUGUACAUGUACCCUUUGAGAUAUGUGUUUAGCACUCAAAUACUAGUUCUGCAUUUGAUAUAAUAAUUGUAAUGUAACAUCUUAAAUGAUAUGUCGUGAGAGGGAUACAGUGCAGUCAUGAUAUGAUAUGAUGGAUUGAGGUGCUUGUGACGUAUACAUUUCAAAAAGUGAAAAAAAAAUGAUUGAAAUUGAUUUUUAAUGUUUUAUCAGUUUUAGGCAGCUGAGUUCCUCUUGUGAUUCAGUAAUUAUUUUAUUGAACUUGUUUGUGCUUAUUUUAUUUGCCGACCAGCCAAAUGAGUGACUCAUCAACCUGUGAGUUGAGAAGAAAGAGUCACUUUCUUUCUCUCUCCUUUUUUUUUUUCUUUCUUUUAACGUCAUGCCUCUCAUAUGAGCCACAGAGACUGUUUUGGAUGUUUACACUCUGAAUAAAACAAGUCAGGAAUUUUCAUACAUUAAUUUUAUAAUCAGAUAUUCUUUAAUAACCAUGAACUAUAUUCUAUAUUGAUCAUCACUGGUUAGUUUGACCCUAACAAAAAAGGAGAAAAAAAAAACACUGAAGAAGACAAAUUUUUGAACUUUGAUGAGAUGAAGCAUGUCAGUAUUGUCCAUGUGUGCAGCUGUCUAUUCUGUAUAAAAAAGGACUAUAUUGCCAUGUGUGUUAUGUUUGAUAAAUAUACGUGCUUUGCCGGCAGGUUGAUGUAAAGGCAAACUUCAAUUUCCUAUAAGACGAUGCGUGUCAGGGUGUUGUUGUUUCCUCGUUAUUUGCAUGAAGGAGACAUGACUGUGUCUUUGCAGUUUUUCAGGUGAUGUGUAGUCAAUUGUACUGACAACUAUGGUAGGCGGUGUUUGCCCCCCUCCUCCACACUCCCUCCCCACCCACUCUUUUCUAAAGAAAACUCCAUUGUACUUUGAUGGCAUUGUAGUCCCUGUAGGUGUUUCACUAUGGUUUUAUUUUUUAAGUUGGAAAUAGUUCUAUGACUCCUAUAUAGUGAUGAUUUUUGUAACCUUCUCUAGUAAAACCGAUAUUUUUUAUUAUCGUGA